AUGGCUGUGCUCAGCGUGCUGGAGUCAGAGGGUGGACCGGGGUUCGAUCUGUAUCCGUUCCCCUUCUGGUCAGACGUAAGGUCCUUGGCCGACCAGUUCCGCUUCCACGGAAACUUCAUGUCAGGAACGGUGCUGCUAUGUGGCCAGCUGGAGAGGACGGCGAGCUUCCGUGGGCGCGCAGUGCUGCGAGCUGCCCACGAGAAGGAGGAGACCCACUGCGCCGUGCGCGUGGGCGACAGUGAGCUCGUUCGCCGGUGCAGGAGCUGGAAGAGGCUCCAGUUCUUCCCUGGCAUGCGGGGCUGGGCCACCAGUGCAGGCAAAGCCCCUGCAGCGGUGCCGUCGCAGUCCCCGGCAGAGGAGUGGCUGGAAAACUUUCGCUGCCCCACCGCCGAAGAGGAGGAUGCCUUCUUCAGCCUGCGCCCAAAGGCCUGGCGCGAGCGGUCGGCUGUCGCGGCGGAGAAGUAUGGCGUGCGCUCACAGGGCAGCCGCAAGCAGUCAGGGCUGGGAUGCGAGGAGCCUGCGUCAGAGUGGCGAGUAGACCUGAGGCCCUUGCACAAGUGCGUCUUCGUGGUGAUCAUGGAGCGCUUGCGCCUGCCUCCCGGGUCCUUGGUACUGGACUGGGGCGCAGGCUGUGGGCACAAACUCACCUGGGCUGCGCAGCUCUACGACCUGCGGGGCGUUGGCAUCGACAUCGUGCCGGAGAACAUCCGGUGGGCCCAGGAGCACUCCGUCGGGCAUUUCUGCCAGAUGGAUGGACGCUUCCUCACCUGGAUCCCGGAUGACACCUUCGAUGCCCUCAUCUCCUACGCCGCGCUCAUGCACCUGGAGUCCGACGACCAGUGUGACACCGUGGUGACGCUGGUUGAAAAGGUGCGGAUUGGAGGUCGUCUGUGGUUUGGCUGGAAUGCGCCGAUGAUCCGGAGCAUUGAAGACAUGAACCAGAUGCCGGAGCGAAACCCGGAGUUCUGGCACGACUGCUUCGCGCUAGCCUCCGCUCAGAAGGCCACUGGCUGA